UACAUAGAAAUUAUCUUAAUUUAGAAGUGCGGGAAAACUGACAGAUUUUCCCGCUUACAAUUUCAUGUACGAAUAAUUUUUAGUGCUAUGUAAUGAAUAUUGAUUUCAUGUAGUUUCAGAAUGAAUUUAGUGCAUUCUAUUGUAGAACGUGAAAAAGGAUUUGCAUCGAUACGUGAUUAUGAUAUUGCUUUAUAUCGUUUAAAAUGUUACGAACAUGAUGUAUAUCGAGGUAUAACGCCAAGUACAAAUGCACUUGAUUUCAAUCCUGAACCACCAGUUUUUGCAUGUCGAUUUUGUACUACAGAAGGAUACGAACAAAUAAUUGCUUUAGCAAAUGAAGAUGGAAAGAUUGCUUUACAAGAUACAAAUAUCAAAAGUAUUAAAUCAAAUCAACCAUUAGAAGGAACACAGGCACAUUGCAAUGCAAUAUUUGAUAUAGCUUGGAUGCCAGGAGAAUUAAAAUUAGUCACAGCAUCUGGAGAUCAUACUGCUAGAUUAUGGGAUAUAUCUACUACUGGUGAUAUUCGAUUAAUUAAUCAUUUUCAUGCUCAUACAAGAAGUAUUAAGACUGCAGUGUUUCGUUUUCAGGAUCAAGCUGUAUUUGCAACUGGAGCUAGAGAUGGUUCUAUAAUGAUAUGGGAUAUUCGAGCUAAUCAUUAUGAACGUCCUAAGCCAGAUAAUUGUAUUGCUAAUGCACAUAAUGUUGGAAUUCUAAGUAAUGUACGACAACGUAGGGUAAUCAGUCAUGCAUCUAGAGCACAAAGUAUUACUGGUUUAGCAUUUCAAGAUGAUUUUACUUUACUUUCGUGUGCUGCUGGAGAUGGUUUAAUAAAAGUUUGGGAUUUGCGUAAAAAUUAUACUGUUCACAAAAAAGAUCCCAUAGCUAAGCAUACAAUGAAUUAUACUGGACAUAGUACAAGAAAUGGAUUUUCAUCAUUAUUAAUAUGUCCAGCCAGAAUUACACUAUAUGCUAGUUGUAUGGAUAACAUUAUAUAUGCCUAUAAUAUAUCAUCUUAUAAUCCUAAACCAAUUGCAGAAUUUUAUGGACAUCAAAAUCGUACAUAUUAUGUUAAAACAUGUUUAAGUCCUGAUGGACGUUAUAUUGCAAGUGGUUCCAGUGAUGAACUUGCAUAUAUUUGGCAUACAAGCAAACCAGGAGCACCAGUUGUGCAACUUUCUGGACAUACUGAAGAAGUUACUUGCAUUGCUUGGUGUACUAUUGGAGAAACAAAAAUAGUUACAUGUUCUGAUGAUUCAUGCCAUCGAAUUUGGAGAAUUGGUUAUGAACAUAAAUUAGAUAAUGAAGAAAUAUUAAUACGUGGUAAUGCAGAAGUCAUUUCUAAUAAGAAUCCAUUAGAAAAUUUAAAACUUGAAACUACACCAACUGUUACACGGCGUUGCAUCACAUCUGAAGAACAUACUCCAGGAUCUGAUACUAUAUCUAAUAUUACACCUGGACCGAGUUCAUCAGAUGCUUACAAUCAAACAGAAGACAAUCAAAAUCUAUUUAAUAUUACUGGUUCAAUGAAAAGAAGUUAUUUCCAAAUGACCAAUGGAUCUUGGUCUGAUGAAAAAUUUAAGUCAAUUUUAUCUCCUAUAGAAGAGAAUCUCACAUCCAUUACAAAACGUAUUCAUUUAGAAAAUCGUGGAGCACGAAGAUUAUUUAGUCCAUAUAAUGAUAAUAAUUCGUUAUUAAAUAGAGGUUACGAAUCUGAUGAACCAACUACAAGUUUAUCAAAUAUAGAAAGUAGAAACAGCGAAAUUAGUUUUUCACCUACGCUAAAUCUUCCGAACUUCGUUAUUGAUGGUACAGCGCCACAUUUACUUCAAUUAUCUCCAGAAAAAUAUAAAGAAAAUGUUGAUUGGUUAACAAGAAUGCGAAGAGAAAAAUAUGAACAAAAAAUGAGGAAAACAAUGUCAGAAAAAUUGCCUAGUCCUGUUUCUUGUACAAUGCUUACUAGGAGAAAUACUAGGUCACGAUCAACAGAACCACAAAAAAUAUCUAAAAUACCGAGAAGUCCAACACUUUCUUUAUUGAAUUUUUUUAAAGUUACUGGUAAAGAUUGUGAAACGAAUAUAUUAUAAUAAUGCUAAUAUAAUACAUUUUACAAAAUUUUGGAAAUUAUCAUGAAUUCUUCUUAUUAGAUUAUGUUUUAUCUAUGUUAAAAUUCAUAUAGAACUUUUAUUAAAAAUAUUUGUUAGGAAUAUGUUUUACAAUACAAAAUUAUAUCCAAAAUAUCAAUCAAUGAAUGUGAUAUGAAUUUCAGCGCGCUUUCUCAUGUUUAUGAUGUGGUACCUUAUAAAAUAAAUAAGACUUACAAUAAUAAAUAUCAUAAUGUAAGAUAAAUAUAACAUAAAA